AUGUUCAAGCUGUUCGUCCUCCUCGCCGUGGUCGCCGUGGCCGCCGCCAUGCCAGGCUUCCUCGGAGGCGCCGGAUACGGAGGUGGAUUUGGUGGACACGGAGGAAGUGGAUACGGAGGGGGAAGCUUCGGUGGAUUCAGCGGUGGAUACGGAGGCGGAUUCGGUGGACACGGAGGCGGAUUCGGCGGAUAUGGGGGAGGUUUCGGUGGAUUCAGCGGCGGAUUCGGGGGACACAGGGGAGGUUAUAUCACAUUUACUGUCCACAGGUUACGGGCGCUGAAGCCUGCAUCAGAUUUAAAAUUUACUGAAAG